AUGCCGCUGAACCCAAAGCUAGACCCUCGUUACUUUGUGCUGAUCAGGCCUGUGCCCACUCCUACCCAGAAAGGCCUGAAAGUCCAAGCUCGAAGCAACACCAUCUACAGUUGUUGGGAUGUCACGAGAGAACAGGUGUUCCUGGAGAACUACCGCCGGCGGAUCAGACAACUUACUCAACAGGGUUACUUCAGCCCUAGUUGGAGACCCUACCAGGAUUUCGGAGACCCUCUUUACCUCGAUCCAAAAAAACUUACCCUCUAUGGGCUGGGACAGCUAUCCCCGGAACUCCCCAAGGAAGAGGUCUGCCUAGAAGAAAUAGUUGAACAUGUGGAACCUGUGAGUUCUAAGACACCAAAACAAAAGGAAGCUGAGAAGAAACUCCUGCCUUUUAGACACCUAGAAAAGGAUCUGAGGACCCUCCAUAGAGACCUGCAACAUACAAGGUAUUUGAUCAACUCUGUGAAGAUUGGGCGUGGGUAUUUUCAUACACUUAAAAGAGAGACUGCAGAGUGGAAGACGGCACAAAAGAAGGAACGGCAGAAGGAGGAGGAGAGGUGGAAGGCUGAAUUUCAGCCCCCUAGAUACCCCUCAUCCUCAUCAUCUGACGAAGGGUCAUCUGACGAAGAAAUAACCGAUUUCUUUUUAACAGAAUGUCCUUUCCUGAGAGGAAGGGAGAAGAAGAAGAAAAAGAAAAUGAUCCGGCCUUUCACUCCUUUCUAUAAUGGCCUUUUGUCACAAAAGCAUCCGGAUGCGCAUUUCUAUUCCAUAUUUCGGCAGCUCUGUGCCCUCACCUGGCUCUUGGAAGCGCUGACCCUGGAACCCAACAGCAGCAUGAAGCCUGUGAUCACAUGUUGGAAUCCAAGGGACUACGGGGGCGGGAAAAGCCCCAUAAAAGUGGUCAAUAAGGAAAGGGCCAUGAGGACACGAUGGGAACACUUCCUCCAGCACUCCAAGGGCAGGAGGCCCACCCAGAAAACGGUGGUCCGCACCCCCGUUUGCAGAAAGGCGCCCCCGAAGAGCACCCUGAGCAUGACCAAGCUGGACGGGCUGUCAUCCCCGCACAGCAAGACCACGCUGACCAGCACCAGCUCCCUGACCCCCGCCUCCGAUGAGGCCGUGCAGCUGCCUUCCGACAGCGCCAAGGACGCCGAAGAGAUGGACUCCAGCUACAGCAAGCAGACCAAGGAAGAGGAGGAGCCGCUGAGCUACUACCUGCAGACGUUGCUUCAGAUGAUACACGAAGACGUGGCGAAGAAUUUUAGUAAAGAAAACAGGCUUUGGAGCUCAAACAUGCUCGGUGUGCACACCUUGUCAACGAGAUCUGAUCCCGAGAGCGAAUUAUCCUUUGGGCAAAGGGCCAAAAGUUCAGCCUCAUCUUCAAAGGAGGACAAAACCAGCGUGGGAGCAGUGAGGGAAGGCACUCCGGAGCAGAGGCCAAAGAGUUCCUUGACAGUGACCCUGAGAGAAGAUAAAACAGUGACGGCGACGUAUGAGGAUGAAGAGUGCACAGAGCAGAUUAGCCGGAUCCAUGACUCCUUCAUCAGGAGGAAGGAAGAGAUGUGCAACGAGAUGAAGGAGCUGUUUUACGACGUGGCCCAGGAAAACGCAUUCAGGUUGCACGAUCAGCUGGAUGUCCUGGAGAGGAGGCGAGAGGAGAAGAGCAUACAGAAAUACCUGUGUCUGCAGCGCAUCACGAAGUUGCGCAAAGACCUGGAGCGGAUGAGGCAGUCAGUUCUGGGGCGAGAACCAGAGCAGGAUGCAGAAGAAGAGAACUGGUUUUCCACUCUAAUGGAAAGAAUCCCAGAUGAAGUUAAGAAAGACCAUCGUACCCAGAAAGUCCUCAAGAAACUGGAACGCUUUGCAAGGAAUCCAGACUUGCGCAUCCGACCACCCACCUUCUUGAAAGUGUUGGGUGAGCUUCGGAUCUGGGAAAUUUGCUCUCCAUGUAUCAGUGCUGCUGUGGAGUUCCUGCGCGAAUAUAUUGUGGAGAUGCCUGAAGAAGAUUACAAAGAGUGGUUGCAGUCUCGCGUGCCAAUCUCGAAACAGCGAGCGCGGAGUGCCCCGCCACUGUGCUGCGCAGGGCCAGAAGGCCACGGACAACCUCCUUUGCGACUGAGCGGACCCCCCGGCUAG